AUGACUUCCCCUGUUUGCUUCCAUUAGCAUGCGCUGCCCAUCGCCUCGCCCUGACAUGUAGGGAUGCUUCAUCUGAGGUUACCUAUAUGGCUACCUUCAGGGAACACUUGCAGCAACUCCAUCUCUAUUUUCACAACAGCGCCAACAAAACAGCUGUUUUGAAAGCUGCAGCAGAGUCCUUGGGCCUAAAGGACUUAAAAAUGAAGCAAGUAAAGGAUACAUGCUGGCUGUCCCAGCAUUUGACAGUCAUCACACUACAAAAGAACCUCGGUGCAGUCUUGGCUGCCUUGGCUAAUGAGACUGAGGUCAACAAGUGCCCAGUUGCCAAGGGUUUGUAUGGCUUCUGCUUCACCUACCGCUUUGUGGCAGCAUUGUAUCUACAAGCUGAUGUACUGCCACAUCUUGCUUGCUUGAAUAAGAUUUUUCAGAAAGAAAAUGUCAACUUCUGGGCCAUCAAAGAACAGGCAUGCCUUAAGGCAAUAAGAGAUGCACAGCCCCCUGGUUCAUUCUUGGCACAGUUGCAUGAUGACCUCGAUGCCCCAGCUAGUUUAGGUGCCUUAAGUAUCAUCCAUGAGGAGGAGAGGGACAGGAGAGGCAGAGACCAGUUGGAACAGCCUAGUGAGGUGAUGGAGCCUUAUCAGGAUGGCCUCCUGGACAGCCUGGACAGAAGGUUCCAGAACAUAGAUCUCUUGGGAUCCUUUCAGGUACUGGGACCACAAGCGCCCAAGGUGGAUGAUGCAGUAAAUCUAAGACACCUCAAAACCCUGUCCACAAAAUUCCUGCAGCAGCCUGAACAUAUUGCAAUGCAAGAAUGGCUGACCUAUAAGGAGCAUUUCUUGACUGGGGCAUUCAAGAACAUGGACCAGCUCACCAUUUCAUCCCAGUAUGAUGAAUGGAGACAACUAUACCCUUCCUUGAGCCAGCUGGCAGCCAUUGCCCUCAAAGUGCCUAUCUCCAGUGUGAACUGUAAGAGGGAUUUUUCAGUAAUGAAUAGGGUAAAGACAGAACUGAGGUACAGGCUUCAGGGAGACCAUCUGGCAGCAUGCAUGCGCAUAAGCAUCAACAGGCCAUCACUAUCGGAGUUUCCCUACCAAAAAGCCUUAGAACUGUUCUUUAAAAAACCAAGAAAAAUCUAAUGU